AUGCCUAAAGCACAAUGGUUGAAUCAAUACUUGAAAUCAGCUCCGGUUAGAAAUGGAUUUGAUAAAGUCUUACGAAAUGUUAAUAUAUUGCAAGCUGAUCAAGGUAGUUGUGUUGCCACUGUUAAAGUAACAAAAGGUGAUGUCAAUCCACUAGGAGCAUUACACGGAGGGUACAUGAAGGGAGUAAAAGUUGAUGAUGAAGUCAAGCUAAUUUCAAAGUUGAUUAAAGCUGGCAAGUCCUUUGCUUUUCUGGAUAUUGAACUUCGCAAUCUCAAGACUGAUCAACUGCUAGUUAAAGCAGAACAAACUAAGUUUAAAGUUUAA